AUGCUGCCCCAAGAAAUAUUUUCUCUGCUUAUGCUGUUCUGUGUUUUCAGGGCUUCUCUUUCUGUUCUGGAUGAAGAUGAUGACUAUGAUCUCAUGUAUGUGAAUCUGGAUAAUGAAAUUGAAGGUCCAGUUCUUGGUACUGAGGAAACUGUUUCAUGUGACUGCCAGCGAGAGCACACCGAGUGGGACAAGCUCUUCAUCAUGCUCGAGAACUCGCAGAUGAAAGAGAACAUGAUGCUGCAGGCAAUGGACGAGAUCCUGAAGGUGGACCUGCAGACACUGAAAGCAGAGCUGAGCCAGCUCACCACCAACCUCGCGGGCACCUUCGCUGCCACGAUUGAGAAAGUCACCUCCCACAUCAUGUCACAGGUAGAACAGGCACUUGUGAAGAACAGUGAUCAAGCUGAAGAAGCCAAGAAGCUUCAUGAGUCUGAGCAAGGAAAGGUUCUCGAGCACGUUCUGCUGCUGAGCCACAACGUGUCCAGCAGGCUAGACCGGCUGGAGAGCGCUUGGCUGAGGAGGUCUGAGGUGGAGGCUCAGGAGACAGCUUUUCCCAUCAGAGCAGACAACCUCAUUUUGAACUCUCUGUGGAAAGAGCUACAGCAAACCAGAGCUGAACUGAAGGCAUCGCAGAAAUGGGCAGCUCAGCACUUACUGCCAGCAGGGUGUGAAACAGCAAUUCUAUUCCCCAUGCGUUCGAAAAAGAUAUUUGGGAGUGUUCACCCAACUGCUGGAAUGACCCUUCACUCCUUUACUGCUUGUAUCUGGAUCAAGGUGACUGAGGCUUUGCGCAAAACUAUUGUCUUCUCCUAUGGAACCAAGUUAAAUCCAUAUGAAAUCCAGCUUUAUCUCAGCUGGGAGUCUGCAGUGCUUGUUGUUGGUGGUGACCAGCACAAGUUAGCUGUCAAAAAUGUAGUUGUUCCUGGGAAGUGGAUCCAUCUCUGCGGCGCCUGGAGCUCAGAGAAUGGAUCUGCAUCUCUCUGGGUGAAGGGAGAGCUUGCAGCCACCGCCUCGGACAUCGCCGACGCUCACACCAUUCCAGAUGGAGGGAUUUUGCAGAUUGGUCAAGAAAAGAAUGGCUGCUGCGUUGGAGGUGGAUUUGAUGAAGCUUUAGCCUUCUCUGGAAAAUUAACUGGCUUUAACAUGUGGGACAGAGUGCUCAGUGCCAAAGAGAUAGCAGCGCAGAGCGGAGAAGAUGCGUGCAGUAUUAGGGGCAACAUCAUCGGGUGGGGAGUCACAGAAGUUUUGCCAUACGGGGGAGCCCAGUAUGUUUCUUAA